UUCAAACGAUAUGAUGCUGUAACAAAAAUUGCAUUCUAGCUACUAUUUUACAAAGUAUUUCAGAUUAAAAUGAUCUAUCUUUGAAAGAGGCUUAUGAAGUUACAUGGCUAAUAUAUACAGAAAGCAAAAGUAAUGUUUUUCUUCGUUUCCAUAACGUGGCCGUACUAACCAGGUUAGCUUCGUAAGUUUUGCGAAAAACCUUGCUAGACGGCGAGCUAGUUUCGUGCAUUUCUCGGGAGCCGGUAAACUCCUUCGAUAACUAAAAAGCGUAUUCCGCGUUUAAACGUAGUGAUUGCUCUGGCCACAACGCAAUCUACCUAACUUACUGACACAUCGUACUACUACUCCAACAAAAAUGCCUUGAGUUACCGUUAGCUAUCUCGCAAAUUUAGUGUGAAUCAAAGGACUAAAAUCACUUGCCUCUGUUUGUCCUAAAUAUGCGGUUAGCUAAUGUCAAGGUAGAUAGUCUAAGUGACUUGCUCUUACCGUCCGAACUGCUUUACUGAACGGGCGCAGUUAGCAAGCAGGAUAAAUUGUGAGUUGUUCGCAUGCGCACAUCAUGCUAGGAUAAAUGUUUCCCAAGUGUUUGAACUGGUAACUCAUUUUCCACGUUGGAUCAAGUGCGGGGACCAGAAAAUCAGAUAUUGUUAUAUUCAACCAGACAUUGAGAGGUCGCUAACUCGGAUGAAUCUGCACACUUUGCUGUCAGUGUUAGACGCCUGAAUACUUCAGCUGUCUUUUUGGCGUCUGAGCGUUUUGUGACCGUUUAAGAGAGGACCCGUUAGCCACAAACUAGCUAGCUAGUGUUAGCCGCCACCGUGUUGUGUUUGCCUGACAUUCACUCUCCAACUAGCUGGCUAGCUUGAACAUAGAGUGGAGCCUGUAUCAAAUCUUUUUUGGAUAACAACUGACUUGAGGGUGAUCUGAAAAAGGGGAAAUGUUAAGCCCUGGCACUACCGGGGACUCACUCCACGUUACUAAUUAUGUGGAAGACUAUUUGGACUUGGUCGAAUCAUUGCCUUUCGACCUACAGAGAAAUGUGUCUCUUAUGAGGGAAAUCGACGCUAAAUAUCAAGAGGUCCUGAAGGAGCUGGAUGAGAUCUAUGAAAAGCACAAGAAGGAGUCCGACCCAGUCCAGAGGAAGCGGCUGACACACUGCCUCCAGAGGGCGCUGAUCCGAAGUCAGGAGCUCGGGGAUGAGAAGAUCCAGAUAGUAAGUCAGAUGGUGGAGCUGGUGGAAAACCGCAGCCGACAGGUGGAGGGUCACGUGGAGCUCUUUGAGUCGUGUCAGGAGCCGGCAGAGAUCGCCGUCACGCCGGGCAAGAUGGCCCAGGACAAGAGGAGGGAGGAGGCGGCCAGCUCGGUCGACAAGCCCGGCAGCAAGCGCUCCCGCCGACAGAAGAACAACGAGAACCGGGAGAACUCCAACAGCAACCUGGACCACAGUGACGAAAUCAGCGUCGGCACCCCCAAGGAGAAGAAGGCCAAGACAUCCAAGAAGAAGAAGCGGUCCAAGGCCAAGGCGGAAAGGGAGGCGUCGCCAGCGGACCUGCCCAUCGACCCGAACGAGCCCACCUACUGCCUGUGCGACCAGGUGUCCUACGGCGAGAUGAUAGGCUGUGACAACGACGAGUGCCCCAUCGAGUGGUUCCACUUCUCCUGCGUGGGACUCAACCACAAGCCGAAAGGGAAGUGGUACUGCCCGAAAUGCAGAGGGGAAAGCGAGAAAACCAUGGACAAAGCCCUGGAGAAGUCCAAAAAGGAGAGGGCUUACAACAGGUAGUUGCCUACCUGGUCACCUGGACCAGGCGCAUGACAAUGGCGUCACUGUUUUUGUUCUGUCCUUCCGUGUGCAAAAGGGCUGUUGUGACUGUCGAUGUUGGAGGCUGGGUAGCAGUGGCGGUGGAAACCGAAGUUUGACGAUCUGCCUUUGAAGAACGCAGGCUGUUUGGUAAACCGUGGGGAGCGGAGCCCUGCCGAUGAGGAAAAAGAGCAGCGUCAGCAGGUAGCAUGUCCCGAGUGCGCGAGGAGUCAAAAAGCCUAGGACUGCGGGGGUGAACGGCUUAACAAGACUUCCAACAAGCUGGAAUGUUCAUCUCCGCUAAGUGUGGGUACAUUAUCUUGAGCGAUUCUUGUGUUGCUGCAAAAAAGUAAAGUCUAUUCAAUAAGUGAAUAGCAUGGUGUUAAACCAUAAUGCAAGGCAGCAGUAAGUCUAUGGUUUUCCUGCCAUAUUGUAUUUUACAGUAUUGGGUGACACUACACUCAGUGUAUUUUCUAGCUGGUCACAAUGUGCCACAGUACAAAUGGAACUCCUCUAAGAGUGAAAGUGAGUAACACAAGAAGUGAAAUGCCUGAGAGCAGUAUCCAACAUUUAUCAAGACCAGAGUGCAUCAAAGAGCAGUUGGAAAAUGUUAUUUUAUUUUUUAGGAAAGAGUUAUUUUCUUUUUUUUUAAUGUUAAAUGAAAAGGUGACCAGUGAUGAUAAAAAAACCCAGUUGCUUUUUGCACAAAGAGCCUUGACCCAGUUGUAUGUUAGUCUUCCACUUGCUCGUGCUAUUUAUGGCAUAGAAUCCUGUGCUGUUUGUCUGUUGAGCUUCUCUCCCCAUGAUUCUUCAGUCUUUAAACGGCACUGCACACUUUCUGCGUUGUUUAGCAAAAAAAAAAAAUACAAAGCAAUAAUUUAACUGAUCCACUUCUCUUCUUUUCCCAGUUUGUGUGCAUUAGGCAUCACAGACAGUAAACCGUUCUCAUCACCGCUGUCAUCAGUAACUGUUACUGGCUUAAAAUAUUGCUGCAUUCCUGUCAUUUCAGUCCCAACACCAUCAAAGUUUUGUUACCCUAUCGUUGACGUCUGAAAUUUAGACUGGCGACAUGGAUACCCUGAAGCGGUUCCUUGUUAAGUAAGGCUCGCAGUGUGGGAUGUUUAAGACACCAAGUUAUUUAUUGCUGUGUGUUUUGAGUGAAUGUAAGAACAGGGCCUGCAGAAAUGUGGUUGGGUCAAGUGUUUUAAUAUGAAAACCAACAUUUAACUGGUCCUGAGUUUGGCAACUAAAACAUCUGAAGACGUGAGGCAGCAAUAGUUUUGUGUUGAAGUCAUUUGUAAAUAUUUUGGUAAAUGUUACUGUCCUUGCACAUUAUAUUACUUUAAAUGUGAAUAAUACUAUUUCUUUUGUCCCAUGUACAUCAGAAGACCCAAAACAUUUUGAAUGUAGAUAUUGGUACAUGUUAAAAUGUACUAUUGUAUUUGAAGGCCAAUAGGCAGCUUUGUGUAAUGAGCGCUUUAGUAUCUCACCAUGAAUAAAAAAAAAACUACUGAAAAACCUUU